UCCUCCAAACUCUCUCACGAGCUUCCUCUUCUCUCUCUCUCUCUCUCUCUCUCUCUCUCUCUCUCUCACACACACACGCGUCUUCUGAUCGGAGCUCCUCCUUCGUGUUUCUCACUCGCUGCUGUUCCUCUGAUGGCCUUUUCCCCAUUUCUCUCCGCCGCCUCACAUUCCUCCGCCGACCUCGCAGGCGUUGAUUUUGACUGGUUGCCUGAUUCUUCCAUUAAGCUUUGGAAUUCUGAUCAAUUUUCCGACAGUUGUGGCGACGGCUCACCGCCUUCUCCUCCAGAACCCCUCAAAAUCCGUCCAUCAACUAACAACUUUUUAUUACAUCCAUCAGCUUUUCCCCUCCUUAAUCCUGAUUCUCUUCAAUCCAAUGAUACUGAUUCAUUUCUUCAACGCACUUUUUCUUCCUCCUCGCCACCGCCUUCUGCAGCCAUCGAUCCUCCUAUCAACCGGCCGCUCUUCCCCGUCGGCGAUUUUCAGAAGAAGAAUAAUAAUAAUGAAAGAGGAGAUGAGAGUCCAGUUUCAUGUGAGAGUAGCAUCACCAUUAUUGAAGGGAUGAGCAGAGCUUGUAGGUACAGUCCUGAAGAGAAGAAGGAAAGGAUUGAAAGAUAUAGAACCAAAAGACACCAAAGGAACUUCAACAAGAAGAUUAAGUAUGCUUGCAGGAAGUCGUUGGCAGAUAGUCGACCACGGAUUAGAGGACGAUUUGCGAGGUACAACGACGAGGUAGUGAAGAAUUAUCCAGUGCAAUGGAAUCAACACGAACGAGAGGAAGAAGAAGAAGAAGAACAGCAACGGGAAGCAAAUAGUUGCGGAGAUAAUUGGAUCAAGUAUUUCAUCGAUACAUAUUCCACGAACCUUAUUCCAUGAAUCUCACACAACAACUAAUUACAAUAAUAAUAAUAAUAAUAACGUACGUAGUUGUAGUAGUCUCUAGUGUGUCAUUCGGCCUCUUCCAUUUUGACCUGCCUUUCAAUUACCUGAGAAAUUUAUUUUAUAUCUAUACUUAUUUUAGCUUCUUUUCUCUAUAUAUGUAUGAAAAAGUUAUAUGAUAAGUAUACAAUAUAUAUGUAAUUAUAAUGAUGUCAUUCAAGGUGUGAAUACAAGGAUAAUUGAGGGUUUUUUUUU